AUGAACAGCAAUCCUGCUAGAGAAUCAUUUCGUAAUAAAGAUUCACUCAAUGACAGUGAGCAAGACGACCCACCAAUGGCAGCUGCUUCUCACGAGAAGGCCAUCAUCGACAUAACAUCUAGUUCAACAAGCUCAGAUGUGAUGUCUAACGAUAAAAUCUCAAAUGACAAUGGUCGCCGUAACAACAUGGACGAUGUUCAUGCAACACCAUCAACAAUAGAUAUGCAAGCACGUUCUUCUCGAGUGGAUACUAUUACUGAUAUGGAUGCUCAUUUUAUGGAUAUGACAGAUAGCAUGGGCCAGAAUUAUUAUCAACUAUUAGAAGAGUUGGAAGCGGAACCGAAUGCUUGUUAU